AUGUCUCGUAAAAGGGUUUUUCUUUUGUCCAUUUUUCUGGCUAUUUCUGCAAUUGUUGACGAAGCCGAGUCGUUCAGGAAGCCCAACGUGGCGACGAAUGUCUCCUUCCUGGAAUUCACGGCAGAUGGUAACCCUGAAGAUGGACAGGCGGGGAAUCACUCGCAGGAGCAGCCAAGUGAACCAAUUGUUAACACCCAGCCGUUGCAGGAAAAUGUAAGUGAAGAGGCUAACCAUACGGAGGAGUCUACUGGUGGGAGCGCUGAGAAAGGAAAUACUGGCAGCCAGGUGGAGCCAACACAUGGAGGAGGUAAUGAGGAAACACCCCACCAAGGCGAACACGAUAAAGGGAGCAACGGAAACGGCACAAACGUUGGUGCAAGUGUAGACACUAGUGGAAAGGUGGACGGAACGGCGAAUGGACACGCUGAAGAAGCGUCAAACGAGCAUGCCGUCGGGAAUGUGGGUAUCGAGAAGAACGACACACACAAUGAGAGUACCACUACGGACUCUAAUUCUGAUAAUGGGCAGAUGGACUUGCAUACAUCCACCCCUUCAGAUAAAGAAGAAAACAGUUCUCCUUCCAUGAAUAAUAUGCACAACACGGUAGACCUGAAAGGAGAAAACGCCUUUGAAUCGACAACCCCAGGUGAAUAUAAAGCAUCCCAACAGAAUAUGCCCCACGAAGUGGUAGCUAAAAAUGAUGGUGAGGAGCGCGACGGGGGAGCUUCCAACAUGGGAGCACUGCCACAUUUGCACGAUCAACAUGAACAACAGGGGGGUGAUGCAAAACACACUGAACAUGGAGAACAGGUCGAGCAUAGCGAUCAUGCAGAAAAGGAAGAGCAUGCACAACAUACUGAACAUGCUGAACAUGCUGAACAUUCUGAACAUGCUGAACAUGCUGAACAUGCUGAACAUGCCGACCAUGCAGAAAAGGAAGAGCAUGCAAAACACACUGAACAUGGAGAACAUGCCGACCAUGCUGAACAUAGAGAACAUGCCGACCAUGCUAAACAUGGAGAAUAUGCCGACCAUGCUGACCAUUCUGAACAUGCCGACCAUGUUGACCGUUCUGAACAUGCCGACAAUGUUGACCAUUCUGAACAUGCCGACCACACUGAAGAAGGAGAGCACCAAAUAUACGGGACGAUCCACCCCGAGGUCGAAACUUCUGUUCUGUCCUCGCUGAGAGAGAAGGGCAUCCACGUGUCCAGCAUAGAAAGAGUAAUCCUUGAAAUCAUCGAAAGCGCCAAGGAAGGAGUAAAAGGAUUAUUAAAGCUACGCACAAGCAAGGACUCAGGGAAGUUACUACAAGAAGCUUUGGAAAAACAUAGCAUAAAUCAAAGAGAUAUACAAAUAAAUAAUAAUAUCAUUUCCCUAGAUAUGUAUGAUAGAAUUCUUUCGGAAAUGUUUAAAAUAUUAACAGACAUGUCUUUCUAUAAGGAUGGCCAUUUUUACGAAACGUUAGGUUUGAACAAAUCUAUACUAAACCAAUCGCUAAAGGAAAUUAAAAUUAAAAUGUUGAGGACCAUUGGAAUACCGUAUGCAAAAUUACCUCCAAUUGUUAAGAAUAAAGAGAAAGGAGGGACAUGUGCAGUUAAUAACCUCAUCAUUAGUAUUACAUCAAAGGAAUUAGCUCAACGGAUGGCUAUAAUGUUUUCAAAAUGGCUAGCUCCAGAAGAGUAUGGAUCUGUUGUGGACUUGGACAAAAGCAUAGAAUUAAAUGUCCUCUGUUCAGGAGCACCUAUCCUAGUACAACAGUGGAAGUAUUAUCAAAACAUGCUUGGGUUCGAAGUGGGGAAUGAACAUGCCUUCUUAAACCUAAUAGAUGAUUUGCUAGUCAUUGACAAGAGAUAUAGUAACAAUGAAGAGUAUUCUAAAGUGUUAAAAAAAAUAAAAAAAUCCAAAGCUUUUAAUUAUUGUACAAAAGUUAUGAGAAUUGCAGGAAAUAUUUCUUCCAUUCCAUUUAAUCAUGAAAAUAAUAAAACGCCCAGUUAUUCAAUCAUUGGGUCGUUAGGUAACCUGGUGAAGGCUCACAUGGGAAAUUACUACACUGCCAUAGCCAAUAGAUUAAAUUCCUAUUUUUUAUAUGCUGAGAAGAGGAACAAAAAAAACAGUCCUUUAAAAGUUACUUCUGUCUGUACUCUCCUUCAUUUGACCGAUAUGCUUUUCAAUUGUUCUGAUGAGCACAUGAAGAACAUUUUGGAUCUCAACACUUUGAAGUUAAACAUUCUAAACAUGCAGGGAAAGCGUGUACUGCAGCCCCUCGUCAAGAUGAACUUCCUCAACGAGACGAAGAACGCCGUCCUCAAGGAGAUUUGCGAGCCCAGCAACCGCCUAGUGGACGAGACCCUGUCGAAGCUCCUCAAUAUGCUUUCAACCGGUUCACACGAAUUGCUUGCAGCUGAGGUGGAAAAGCGUGGAUUCGACGAGGACUACAUCCAGGAGGAAAUAAAAAAUAUAAACGAAAGCGACAAGAACAUUCGGGAUAAGGGCGAGGAUGAAGUGGAAAAUUUCAUUUUUGAAGAUUUGUGA